AUGCUCAAUGAUCCGCAGACAUAUAGCAACCCCUCAGAAUUCAAUCCUGAGCGCUUUUUGGCCAAGGAUGGAAAAGAGCCUGAGGCAGAUCCUCGCAGGGCAUGCUUCGGUUUUGGUAGACGUUUUCUGACCUUGGUUGCUUUCGACUGGACAGGUCUGCAUCUCGCUGAUGCAUCCAUCUGGAUAUGCGCCGCGAUGUCACUUGUGGUGUUUGACGUUUCCAAGGUUGUCGAAAAUGGCGUUGAAAUCACCCCUGAAAUUGACCCCUCAUCCGGGUCGAUCAGCCACCCCAAGCCCUUUGAGUGCUUGAUCAAGGCUCGCUCUGAAAAAGCCUUGGCGCUCAUUCAAGAAGAUACUUACUAA